GGAGAGGUGGCGGUGCCGUUUCACGCGUCAACGCGGAGUGGGAAUAGAAGGGGCUCGCGUUCGCGAGCCGUGCCGAGCCAAGCCGAGAGCCGUGUGCGCUGCCGGGCCGGACCGUGGAGCAGCGUGGAGCAGCGCGACAUUGGCUUUUAGCGGUGGCGCGGCCCGUGUGUGCCAUAACGGCCACUGCCGGACACGAGACGAUCCAUAGUACAGUAGUAGUGCGCGUUCGUUUACAAGAUGGCAGACGAUGGUCCGUCCGCGGCGGAGGACGCGACCGCGGCGGCGGCGAGCAAACUGGAGGACAGUGAUUCUCGCGUGACGAGGGAGCGGCACAAACGCGCGGACGCCACCACGCCGAUCGUGACGACUUCAAGUCAGGACGCUUCGUCCGCGAAGCGCGGGCACGAGGACGCCUUUUCGUUCGAAUCUUCGAUCGACGAUCAUCAUCGUUCGCACCACGACCGUCGUGUCCAUCACCGUCAUCAUCAGCAUCAUUCACCUCGUCAUUCUUACCAUCAUCCACCAUCACCAUCUCAUCAUUAUCAUCAUCAUCACCACUUUAAUCCUUAUCGCCAUCACCUUACCAAUCAUCGUGACAACGACAACGAUCGCAUUGUUAGCAACAACCACAGAAGUUGUGGUAGUAAUAGUGGUGGUGGUGGUGGUGGUGGUGGUGGUGGUGGUGGUGGUGGUGUCGCGGCGACCGGUGGUGGUGAUGAUUCGUCGUCGUGCGUCGACGCGACUGGGACAGCCGCGAGUGACGACGAGGAGAAGAGCGGCAGCGUCGGCGGCGUCGACGGCAGUGGUAGCGGCGGCGGCGGCCACGACGGCGGCAGUGGAGUGUCCGACGACGAGGAGGAGGAGGACGACGACGAUUAUUACGACGGCAGUGGCGGCGUCGAUAGUGACUGCGACGGUGAUAGUGGUGGCAGUAGUAAUAAUAUUAGUGCUAGUAAAAGUGGUGCUGGUGAUGUCGCGGUAAUCAUGACCGGUGGUAAUAAUAAUAACGCGGCGACGCGCGUCGGCGUCGGUGUCGAGGACGCCGACGGUACGACCGACUCGUCGUCGUCGUCGUCGCCGCCGCGACGUACGAGCGCGGACGGUGUACUGGAAGUGAAUGACCGCAACGAGGAUCGCAACGACGGCAGGAGGAGAGCGAGCGUCGCCGUAGUCGCGACGACGACGACGAGGGAGACGAGGGAGACGAAGCCGAUGGCGGAGGAAGAGACGCGAGCAGCGGUCGGCGAGGACGCUGCCGCGGCUACGAAGACGGAUAACGGCGCGGUCGUCAGGCAUCAGGGAAGCCCGUUCAAGGGACAGGUUAGGAUGGCCGAGAACACCCUCGUCGGACCCUGCGGCAAGAAGCGGUGCGCGGAUCGAUACGACAGCUCCGAGAGCUCUGACAGUGGAGUCGCAGUUUCUUGCGGGGAAUGCAGCAGCAGCGGCACCAGCGAUAUCACGGAACCGGGCUCGCCGUGCAGCACCAGCAGCGACGAGGGGGUAGCCGCGUUACGCGGCACGUCCGCCAGUCCGUUGCUGCCGACCCAGCCCAAGCUGGCGCCGUCGUCGCAGAUCGGCACCAGGCCCCAGUGGCCCUGGACCCCGCCGUUGGCGGCGACCGCUUGUUCCACCACCGCGUACAAGAGGCUGAGGGGCGAACCCGAGGCUGGCGCCCUUCCGCGCUCCGGCGCCGCCGAUCCCACCUCCAGGGGUGCCGUCAAGGCGAACGGAAAGAACGGCCAGCAUCACCACGAGUCCCAGGGCAAGAUCACGGAAUACUUUAAGACGCAGAUCAAGCCACAGCAGCCGAAGGUCAAAAAAGCAAGCGAAAUGUCAGUGGUAGUAGCAAAGAGCUCGUCUGAGUUUCGGAGACCACCUACGGUGCAGAGGAACAAGGGUGGACUUGCUAAAUACCUGGGCAACGCAAUGUCCUCUAACCCGAGCCGCGGCACCUCGACUAACGAUUGGGAAGCGAGAACGCUAACAUCGCCAUCGGCGGUCGCGAAGAAGCCGCCGCUGGUCGUCGUGCCGAGGGCCAAUAGCAAAAUAGACAAGAAACUGCCGAAGCCGCUGCCAACUUUGCCAAUCUCGAAUGACGUACUGAAGAAUCUGUCCAAGAUCUCAUCCCUUAGAUUAACUUCGGACGUGAAUAUCAAUACGGCCAAAUGCAGCUCUCCACCUGCUACCGCUGCCUCGUCGCUACUGGGCGAGCCCGUGCCACUGGACUUCAAGGGUUGCAUCCUGUCGAAACCACACGUGAACGAGAACAACAAUUUGACGAACAGCUGCGGUGGUAUCCUGGGCGCGUUGAGGUCACAAGGCGGUCGCGACUCACCUAUUUCGAGGCUGUCGUCGCCGUCGAAGGAAGACAGCAAAGACAAGGACGCGCAGCCAACGCCGGUCGACGAGGACGAUGUGGAUGAGGAGGAUUCCCGAAGCAGCGAAUCGAAACCGUCGUUGUCGCCCAUCCUUUCGGCACCGACUACUAUCCGAUUUCCGGCGCGAGUGCCCGAGAAGGAUAGACCGCAGGCUACCGAUAGCGGGAUCUGCCGCUGGGAUAAGUGCGAAGCCAGCUUCGAAUCUGUGGGCGGUCUUCUGGAACAUUUACAGGCUGCACACAUCAACACGCAAACAGGUGGUGAUAACUUCGUUUGCCACUGGCAAGGUUGUAAGGUGCAAGGAAGAACCUCGUGUUCCCGUCGAUGGCUGGAGAGACAUGUUUUGUCUCACGGUGGCAACAAACCCUUCCGAUGCAUCGUCGACGGUUGCGGUUGCAGAUUUAGCUCUCAGACCGCACUCGAGAGGCACGUGAACGGACAUUUUAAUCAGUCGGAAACAAGUAGCAAUAACGGAAGACGCAGUUGCGAGAAUGGCGGCAAACUUGUUAGGAGGAACGGCAAGAAGCUUAGAUAUAGGCGACAACCUUGGUCUGCGAGACUUUUUGAUUAUUUUGAUUCGGGAGUGAUGGAAGGUCUUCAGCAUAGGCUACAGGGAUUAGCGGCAUCGAGAACGCAGGGGCGACUAGCUGAAACGCCAGGAAACUCGAUGGCACUAACUAGUCAAGUUUUAGCGAGGAGAGUUGAGUCGGACGGAAAGACGAAAGUACUGCUGCGAUGGCAUCCCCAGGAUAUAGAACCGGACGAAUGGGUACUAGAAUCCGAAGUACAAAGCACGAAGCACAUACAUAUUCGCAAGAUGGCCGCCAGUAAUGCGGAAGAGAUGAGUUUGGCUCUCUAUCCAGCGAUAAGCAGUCUUGCGCCGCCGACGACGAGAGUGAAGCAACGCCGGAAACCAGUAAAGAACUCGUGAUGAUGUCGGCCGAUUGACCGGAUACCAGAAUUGACCUAACCUGAGCACUUACACCUGAACCAGAGAGGAAGAACAAAGUGCUGCCGAUUGACGAGCAGGACACGGUCUACACUCUUCCUGGUCGGUGAAGACAAAGGCCGCGGACAAUGCGACCUGAAAAUACCCGAACGUAUCGAGAGACGGAAAGCACGUUUAGAAGAUACUUUAUCUAAUCUAGGAGAAGGACCAAUUCUUUUGCGAAUUCAGAUCGAUUAGAAGAUAAGAAUCGCAGCGACAGGGAGAAAAUCACGCGAAAGAUAAUAAAUUCAGAAUGAAUCGAAUAGCGUACAGUGUAGCGAUAAGAAAAAAAGGAGGAUAUACAGCUGGAGAAAGGACAAAAGAGGGAUACGAUUAUCCGUCCCCUGUUUGAGUCGGAUUAGAGCGUUGCUGGUCGUUGUAACGAGCAUACUCUUUGUCAUCGUUCAUUAAAGGAUACAUCUAACUAAUGCGAUAAAUUUUAUGCAGAUCCCUGCCACGAGUACCUCGCAUAUUUCGAAGUUCGUCGGCCUCGGAAGCGCCAAGUCUGGGUCUCGAAAGUGCCUCACCGUGGAUACGUUUUGUACCGUGUUCUACCGCCGAUCAAGAUUCCAGGAAUAGAUGCGCGGUGGAAACGGUAGUAUCGAUAGUCAAAGACAAAAAAGCGAAAAAUGAAGGAAGAAAGCAGUAAAGGGGAAUUCUUGUGUAAUUUGGUUUUGCCAAAGGAAACCGAGGGAGUGCACAGACCAAAUGUUUAAGCGGUAGUUACAAUUUAUAAGGAGAUAAUCACUCUGGUGGCCUUAGGAUUCAAUUAAUAUCUAACAUCGGCCCCUUGGCAUUUCCGAGAACUGACGGUAUCUUUACGAUUUUCGACGAUGCCUCGAGAAAAAGAAAGGAAGAUGCGUCUACUUCGAUUUACAACUCGGUUGAAAUUCGCGUCGACUGUUGUCGUACGAUGACAUGGAAAGGGACAUAAGAGAAAGACACGAAGAAGAGGAUCGUGGACAGCACGAAGCGGACACAGAAAAUUGUAUCGUAGAACGAGAAAAAAUCGCGGAGGAGAUGCUUAGGCUGUUAGAUGAGAAUGCGAAAGUAUGCAUGAAAAAGAAUGAGAGUGAAAGAGAGAGACUGAAUGAUAUCGCUUCGAACCCGCCGUUUUUUCCCUGAAUGGGGUUGACAGUCUCCAAACUUGAUAGCUCGGCAUGAAGUUGAAAGAUUGCAGAAUAAUCGGACGACACGUACGCCACCGAGAUUUUUUUCGAGAAUUACUCUUUUUCCUAGAAACGAAACGCGUAGAGAUAAUGCAAUGUACAAAAAUGAAAAAUUUAGGAAAAGAGAUGGUGAUCCCUCAGGGUUUGAGGCAAGCGAGCUCUCACAAAGGGACGUCGAGCUUGCCUCGUUUUUUGCGCCCGAGACGUGUUCGAUUUCUCAUGUACUUUAUCGUCGCGUUAUUUUUAUCUUUCUGCUGAGUCUCGCGCGGCAUGUUUUCAUAGGCUCAUCGUGACUCAAAAAUUUACUUGCGAGAGAUUUUUAUCAAUUAAAUUUCAAUCUAAUGAAGAGAAACGAUAGUAGCUAAGCAUGCAGCGCGACCUAUGAGCUGUUAUCCUCAAAAAGGGUAAAUUACGAAGGCUGUGUUACAUUUCCCAUGGAGUUGUUAAGGAAAGAAUGUGAAAAGUAAACAAAGAAUGCGACGUGUGCCGUGUCCACGAUCCGCGUAGCUAGCCGUCGUGGUCGCGAGAAAGAAAACAAAAGCAAUUCUUUUUGCGACCACGAUCACUCCUCGCAACAUCGUGGAGCGAUGCAACGUCCGCGCGCGUAUGUGUAGUGAAUAAAGGUUGAUGUAAAUUAAGGCUCGUUAAAUUAAGGAGAUGGAUAUGUGUCGUGUCAUGUGUGUGUGUUGAACGAUUGAGAGUGAGAGAUUGAUUCAGAAACAUGGAUGGAAUAAAAGAGAUGAAAUGUGAAUGAGAAUGAUCGAGCGAUUGUGAGAAAUGGAGACCGCAUGAGGCACACACAGACAGACGGUACGUCAUUACAUACACACCAGCUAAGAAACACUGCCAAUACAAUUGUAAUUAAGAGCUCUACGGUAAUUAAUCGAUUAUAAUUAUUCUUACUAUUAUUAAAAAAAAGUACGAAUGUAUAAGUGUAUAACCGAAUAGAUCUCUAGUUGAUGCGCAUGGGUGAAAAAUGCAUCGUAAGAAGCGGCUGUUCCGAGAAUAGCGCCAUCGUUGCGUUCACUCCGCGAGGCACGUGUUUUAAUGGAUUUACAAUUAAUUUUUCCGAGCUGCGCGUCGCGAACGCGCAUGUUGUAAAUGUAAAUACUUAGUUGAAAUUAUCGUAACGAAACGGCAUAUUACACUACGCGAAUCCUGUACUCGCAAGCCACACGGCUCGUCGUCGCUGAGACAAGCUACUUCGCGAGUACCCGACAGCUAUCUAAAAAAACGAUAUAAUCUCUCUGUAUCCGCUGAUCUUCCCGCGAGGACGAUAUAUCGAGGAUCGCUCCUUUCUUUUUGAGGGAAUCGAAAGAUCGACACCAGAAGAUGCAAAAGAGAAAACGCGUCACUGCCAAAAUUCACGCACUGCCAGCUCCGUCGUUCUCAACGACGUGCCUCUACUAACGUAGAAUCUCUCUCUGUCGCACGUUCGUUUGCGUUCGUGCUUCUAACAAACUCGUUCGUCGCGGCCCUUUUCUCUUUAUAUAUACUUACACACCCACGGCCUAGCCGCAAGCCAUCGUUCAUUUUCCGGAUUUAUAUCCUUCGGGCAUGU